CAAGAAAAUAAGAACACAUCCGAAUCGAGAAAAUCAAUCUAAAAGUUUCAAUUCAAUUAAACUCAUUAGAUUCAUAAAACCCAAAUCCGCCAUUGCAGAUCUCUAUUCCUACCUACCCAGAAAACCCACAAACCACAAUUUCCCAUUAAAGCAUUGAUUCUUGAGAACAUCUAGUGUUGCUUCCAAAUCGCACUUCACUGCAACUUCUAUGUUCGCAGUUUCUCAAUGUAAUGAGACAAAGAUUAGGUUUUUAGUCUGAGCAGCAAUACCCAUCAACUUGAUUUACCUCCAUGCCCGGGGCGAAAAUGGCGAUUAAGAGGGGGAAUUCGAAUAUGGGUAUCCGCAGGAACAAUGGCGGAGGUGGAUCUUGGAUGUCAAUUGUGGUUCUUGUAUUGUUUUUAGUUCUUGCUCCUGUGGGGUUCUUCGUUGGGCGUAGGGUUUAUUCUGCUGCUUCAAUUGAUCAAGAUAUUAGCAAACAGAAUGUAGAUUGGAGAGCAAGACUGGCUUUAACGCAUGUCCAAUCUCUUUUUUCAAAAAAGGUUAUUGAAGUCAUCAAGGCAAACACUGAUGAUUUAGGACCUUUGAGCUUUGAUUCUUUUCGAAAGAACAACUUGUCAGCUUCUUGGAAAUUUUCUGGACAAGAAGACGUGGGUCCUACUGAGAUUGUGGAAACAAAUAAAAAACGAACCCCAACAGGGAAAGAGGAAAAACUUUUUGAUGAUAGUCAUCCUCAAUCUGUUGAUACGCCUGCAAAGCUAGCAAGAAGGCAACUAAGAGAAAAAAGACGAGAAACCCGAGCAGCCGAUUUAGUAAAAAAAGAUGAUGACAUCAUCAUAAAGCUUGAAAAUGCAGCAAUCGAGAGGUCAAAAUCGGUUGACUCAGCUGUUCUUGGGAAGUACAGUAUUUGGAGAAAAGAAAAUGAUAAUGAUAAUACGGAUACAACUGUGCGAUUGGUUAGGGAUCAAAUUAUUAUGGCUAGGGUUUAUAAAAGCAUUGCAAUGAUGAAAAACAACACAAAAUUGGCACGUGAAUUACAAAAUCAGAUUAAAGAAAGUCAUCGGGCUUUAGGGGAUGCUGCUGCAGAUGCUGAUCUUAAUCGAAGUGUACCAGAGAGAAUAAAAAUUAUGGGGCAACUACUAUCAAAAGCAAAAAAUGAAGUUUAUGAUUGCAAAUUAGUAACUGGGAAGCUAAGAGCAAUGCUUCAAUCAGCAGAUGAACAAGUUCGUAGCUUGAAGAAACAAAGCACUUUUUUAAGCCAAUUAGCAGCAAAAACAAUCCCAAAUGGAAUUCAUUGCUUAUCGAUGCGAUUAACCAUUGAUUAUUACCUUCUUCCACCUGAAAAAAGAAAGUUCCCAAGAAGUGAGAAUCUUGAAAAUCCAAAUCUUUAUCAUUAUGCUCUCUUUUCUGAUAAUGUUUUGGCUGCAUCCGUUGUUGUCAACUCCACUAUCAUCAAUGCCAAGGAACCCGAGAAACAUGUAUUCCAUCUUGUCUCCGAUAAACUAAAUUUUGGAGCAAUGAACAUGUGGUUCCUAUUAAACCCACCGGGUAAAUCCACAAUCCAUGUAGAAAAUGUGGACGAAUUCAAAUGGUUAAAUUCGUCUUAUUGCCCCGUUCUUCGCCAAUUAGAAUCCUCCGCAAUGAAAGAAUACUACUUCAAAUCCGAUCACCAAACCACACUUUCCGCAGGCUCAUCAAAUUUAAAAUACCGAAACCCUAAAUACCUGUCCAUGUUGAAUCAUCUUCGGUUCUAUCUCCCGCAAGUUUACCCUAAAUUGAACAAAAUCCUUUUUCUUGAUGAUGAUAUUGUGGUGCAAAAGGAUUUGACGGGAUUGUGGAGGGUGGAUUUGAAAGGGAAUGUGAAUGGAGCGGUUGAGACGUGUGGGGAGAGUUUUCAUCGGUUUGAUAAGUAUUUGAAUUUUUCAAAUCCAAAUAUCGCAAGGAAUUUUGAUCCGAAUGCGUGUGGGUGGGCGUAUGGGAUGAAUGUGUUUGAUCUUGAUGUGUGGAAGAAGAAGGAUAUAACGGGGAUUUAUCACAGGUGGCAAAAUAUGAAUGAAGAUCGGGUCCUAUGGAAGCUUGGAACAUUGCCACCUGGAUUAAUGACAUUUUAUGGGCUAACCCAACCACUUGACAAAUCAUGGCAUGUACUUGGGCUAGGCUACAAUCCAAGCAUAGACAAAAACGACAUUGAUAAAGCGGCUGUGAUCCACUACAACGGGAACAUGAAACCAUGGCUGGAGUUGGCAAUGACAAGAUAA